AUGGCUCUCUCCUUUCUCCGAGCUCCUCACCCACCACGGACCACGAACGCAGGCAAAAACCUCGUAAUCUACGAAAAGGGCACCUCUUCUGUUCAAUAUCACAUCAAAGGCUCGAGUUAUAUGAUGACACACACGAUACCUCCAACGCUUCCGCAGGAGGGCCCUUCGAUCAUCCAGCCGCCAUUCCACUACCAUAUAUACCAGACUGAGCGCUUUCAGGUCGUUGAGGGGACUGCCAACAUGUACUUUGGCCUCGACUCCAAGCCUAGCGCAGUGCUGAGCUCGAAAGGCGGCAAGAAUAGCGCAACACUCGGCCCGAAGAGAUAUCACCGGUUCGAGAAUGCCAGCUCGACGGAGGACUUAAAGAUCAACAUUCAGCUGGAGCCCGAGGACUAUGAGAAUGAGCAAAGAUUUUUCAGGAAUUUCUUCGGAUACCUGGAUGACUGCAAGCAGGCCAAGAGCGCACCGAGUAUCUUCCAGCUGUUCGUGUUUCUGCACUCGGCUGAUACACCUCUGGCGGUGCCGAUGCCAUUUGGUUUGGAGGCGCUUGGAAUAUAUGUGAGCUGGCUGUUGAUGAUCGCUGUAGCGUUCGUGGGAAGGGAGCUGCUUGGUUAUCGGGACAAUUAUCCGGAGUACUAUGAUUAUCAUGAUGGAAAGAAGAGCAAAUAG